GGGCCGCCCGGCCGCCGCUUCCUGAUUCUCCCCUUGCGCAGCGGGACUAGGCCCGGCAGCCGCGGCCUGGGUGGCGGCCCUUUCAAACCCAGCCCUGGCUCCAGCCGCCGCCAGCAGCAAGCGGGAGCGGAGUCUGGCACAGUGACCUUUCAGCUUUAAAAAUCAGAGGAAAAAGGAGAAAAGUGACUGUGUGAAGGAGCAAGAGUAUCAGAGAGAGAAAACAGCUAGCAGUGCAACUUGUGAAGAAGAGAAGAGUAACUGAGAAAGCUCAAAGAUGUCAACUCUACCAAGGAUAGCAAAAUCUAAAGUAAAGCCACUGGUAUCAGAAGAAGAUGAGUUACCCUCCUUUCUUAAAUCCUCCUCUGAAUCAGAGGAGGAAGAGGAGGAGUGGGAACCAAAAAGGAAAGUGGCAAGUAAACGUAGGCUGCCAAAAAAUCCUGAGUCAAAACCUAAAAAGGCUGCUGCUCCACGGUCAACUGUGAUUAGGAAAAGGACCAGGAAGACAGCAGUAAAAGAGGAGCUGAAUGUAUCUUUGCCUAUUGCUGCUGAUGAAGACAGUAAAGAUGGACUGAAACUUUUACAGCCUAAAGAAGACGGAGACCCCAAACCAAAAACUAGAACUAAAAAACCAAAAAUGCCUCGGGGAACAAAAAUAAAUGUUAGUCAAGGACAGAUGAAUAACCUAGAUAGUGAUGAAAUACCGUCAACAAGUGCGCCUUUGAUAGAAAAUGAAAUAAAGCAGGAAAAGCAUGAAGAAGAUUUUACAUUUGAUGAACCUCCUUUAAAAAGGAUAAAAUCGACAACAUGUCCUCAAGGAAAACCAGUAAAACAUCCUGGAAGCACCAAGCACCAAGAGGAAUUAGAAAUGAACUGGGACAUUGUGCAGGUCCUGUCAGAAAGAACAAAUAUUGAACCAUGGGUGUGUGCAAACAUAAUUUGCCUUUUCCGUGAUGAAAACACAAUUCCAUUCAUUGCCCGGUAUCGAAAAGAGCUUGUGAAUAAUCUGGAAGCUGAUGCCUUGCGAGAAGUACAGCAAACACUGGAAGAACUACGUACUGUUGCAAAGAAGACACAUGCAACAAUACAGAAGAUAAAGAAAGAAGGAAAGCUAUCAGGAGGUCUAUUAACAGCCUUAUUAAACUGCAAAACUUUGGAUGAAUUGGACCAUGUGUCUGCACCAUAUAAAACUGGAAGUAAAGGCACCAAAGCCCAAAGGGCCAAACAACUGGGAUUAGAACCUGCUGCCAUAUCUCUCAUUGAAAACCCAGUAGAACUCAGUCUGUUUUCUUACAUUAAGCCUAAUGUCAAAGGACUUACAACCAUUCAGGAAGUAGAGGCUGGAGUACAACACAUCCUUGCUGACAUGUUUGCUAAAGAUAAGGAUACACUGGAUUUCAUUAGGACACUAUGUCAGCAAAGGUACAUAUGUAUCCAGUCAGCCUUGGCAAAAGUGUCAUCAAAAAAUGUAAAUGAGAAAGAUGUUAACAAAUUCCAACUGUACCAGAAUUUUUCUUGCAAUAUUAAGAACAUUCAGCAUCACCAGAUUCUGGCCAUUAACCGAGGGGAAAAUCUGAAGAUCCUGACAGUGAAGGUCAAUGUUCCUGACGGGGUGAAGAAUGAAUUCUGUAGGUGGUGUGUCAAUGAAAG